UUCCUUUCCUCCUUCAGCUCUUGGUUGCAGAAGCAGCUGGUCUUAGAAGAGAGGGGUCUUGGAAAUCAUGAGAGGCGACAUUGGACUGUAGAUUUGGAACCGACAAGUUGCUUUUGUUUUGUUCAGGGUGACUCAACUCCAGCCGAGAUGUCCGGCCAGCAGAACCAGCAGCAGUGCCAGCCCCCUCCCAAGUGCCCCUCACCCAAGUGCCCCCAAAAGAGCCCCGCACAGUGCUGGCCUCCAGUCUCCUCCGGCUGUGCUCCCAGCUCCGGGGGCUGCCAUGGACCCGGCUCUGAGGGAGGCUGCUGCCUGAGCCCCCACAGGCACCGCAGGUCCCACCGAUGCCGACGCCAGAGCUCCGACUGCAGUGACGAUGGCCGUGGUCAGCAGUCCAGGGGCUCCCACUGUGGCCACAGCUCUGGGGGCUGCUGCUGA